GCAGCAUCCUCCUCCUCCUCCUCGGCAGCGGCAGCUCCAGUGUGAUGAAGCCGCGCAGGACGGAGGAACUCCCGCUCUGAGACACGCAGGAUGACUGAGGUGAUGAACUCUCUGGAGCCGGGGACGGAGGACUUCAGUGGAGGAGGAACCGGAGGAGAGCAGGGCUCAAAACAGAUCUUCCCAGGUACUCAUGACAGGUAUCCCAAGUUGUCCAAGAGGCUUCCGUCCAUCGUGGUGGAGCCCAGCGAUGCAGCGGAGGUGGAGAGCGGGGAGCUCCGCUGGCCGCCGGAUGAACCCAGCGCCCCAGACGCUGCUGAGAGCCGAAGCGUGGACGAGCAAUCGACAGACGAGGAGGAGGCGAGCGGCGGAGCGGGUGAAGAGGGUGAAGAGGGUGAAGAGGGUGAAGAGGCCUCCGGGGUGCAGAUGCAGGACUGAACACACUCUCCUCCGGUGACACACGUGACUGUGAGCGUGUCUGGACCUGGACCGGAGGGAACCAGACCUCACAGAUCAGCACCUUUAAGGACAGAAAUAUUAGGAAGGGAGGAUGGUAGAGAAAUUGAUUCCCAAACGAGUCCUGUCAGCACGUUCAGAGUAAAGGAUUUUGUUCAGAAACAUGUACGUUAAUACUGGCCAAUAAAAAGGGACCAAUAUAGAGGGAAUGCGCAUGGCGUCACAGAUGCGGCAUCACAGCGGGUUACGUCCACUGAGUGGCAGAAAGACUGAGUGUCAGAAAGACUGAGUGUCAGAAAGACUUUCAGUUUGAGCAACUGGAAAACAUCUAAAAUGGGAAAGAGCUGUUGUGCGAUCGACUGUACUCAUAGGGUUAGCAAGAAAUCAGAGUUAUCGUUUUACAGACUGCUGAAAAAUAAGCUUAAGAGAGACAAAUGGAUCGCUGCAAUUCACAGAAACAACUGGAUUCCAGACACCGAAACGUGGAUUUGCGGUUCCCAUUUUGUAUCAGCUAAUGUUGGAUUUUUGGGUAGCUAACGUUAAACGUUAAUCACUUUAAUUUCUACAACAAAUCCUGCCUUGAAGUAGGACCAAGCAUCAAGACUUUUGUUUGCCUUCAAGCUUUGCUUCGUGUAUUUCCCCGGUGUAGAAAUUAAGUACAUAUAAAUAUCAGGAAACUGGAUUGGUGGCCAAAUAUUAAUGUCCAUGGACCACUGGUUCUUGGUAACUGUAUCAAAUAUUAAUGUCCAUGGACCACUGGUUCUUGGGGUAACUGUACGGGUCACUGUUAAGUCCAACUGCCUUUAAUUUAAGCCGAUAAUCAGCUGUUAUCCCGUCUUCUCCACUAGUUGCAGCCAUUUUUGCUGAUGUUUUGCCACUCAGUGUGAGUAAGGGGGCGUAAUUGGGGAAGUGACGUCAAUGCAGACCCUCUAUUCCACUCUGUCAUAUUUUUUUCCCACAUCACAGUUUGACUUAGAUGAGAAGUUGGCUGCAUUAAAAUAAAAACUUGUUUUCUGUGUCCUCCCUUCCAUCACACCUGCAGUCACACUUCCGGCUUUGUAAAUAAGGAUUCACCUGAUGAGCUUUUCAUUUGCAGCGAGACCUGGACAGGUGUUUUCUAAAUACUGUGUUAAGCAUCCAGCUUUUGUGUGCCAUACAGCCACUAAUGGUAGUUUUUACUCAAGCUGUAAAAGUGCUGUAGUUUGGUGAUCUUUGUCUCAUUUUGUAAAAAGUGUAUCAGAGUAUUUGAUUAAGAACAAAUCUAUGUCUUUAUUUGAUGUUAUGGCUUUCUUUACUAUUCUAUGUUCAUACAGUAGAUGUUAAAGGGGGUGUAAAUGUGAUGUUUUCCUCACAACAUUAUAGCAAUAUGUUCACUGGAAUUUCAAGACAGUCCAUUUUGUUACUGAAGUCUAAAGAAACAGUAUAUUUUAGAUGGCUGUUGCUUGUCCCCGUUGUAUUUUUUUAAAUACUAGAAGCAUAACUUAUUGCAGAAGAA